UUUUUCAUGGUUAUUUAUAUGAUUAAUGGAAAUAAUGUGUAAGUCCGUGGCUGAAAAAGUCCGGUCUCGGGUCUGGUAGUAAGAGGGAUUCGGAGAAAUUAGGAGGGAUAAUGGUGGAUUUGGAAUGCUUAAGGUGAUACCGGAUCGGUUAGUAAGAGGGAUUUGUAUUAAUUAAUAGGGAUAUCGGUGGAUUUGGAGAGCUUAAGAUGAUACGGUAGUUUAAGCGGGAUAAAAGCCUCUCAAUCUCUUGACAGCCAUCAUAAUCCCUUAAUAAAUAUACAAAAAAUACCGCUGGUAGUAAAGCUUUCUGACUGUAUUAACAAUAAUAUUUUAAUCAAAAUAUUUUCAGGAAUUGGAUGGAGUAUGUCGGCAAUGUCAUUAAUUGUAUCUGUUUAUUAUAAUGUUAUACUUGCAUGGGUAUUAAUCUACCUAUGGACUAUAAUAACUGGCCGUUCAGGAGAAUGGGUUUCAUGUAGAAAUGAUUACAAUACUAUCUAUUGUCAAUCUACUGUAGAAGACAGUCUUUGUAUAGAGGAAUUCGCUCAAAAAUCUCAAAAUGUUUUGGCAUUUUAUUUUAAUAAAAGUUGUCAUUCUGCCAAUGAUACGCUUACAAAAAAUUUAAAAACUGAAACAUUUAAUAAAUUGUCUGCAGUCAGUCCAGCAGAAGAAUUUUUUGAAAAUUAUGUUUUGGAAAAAACUUUAAAAUUGGAUCAGUUUGGAGGAAUUAAUUUAAAAGUGGCUUUGGCAUUAGCUAUUGCUUGGACACUUACAGGGCUAGUUUUGGUGAAAGGAGUUAAAAUGAUGGGAAAAAUUUCUUACUUCACUGCAACCAUUCCCUACGUCAUAAUUGUUAUUCUUUUUAUCCGCGGAAUUACUUUAGACGGUGCUUCAAUUGGAUUAGACUAUUAUAUAUUUCAUCCUGAUUUUAGUGUUAUUCUUGACCCAGUGACUUGGAGAGCAGCAGCAACACAAGUAUGUUAUAGUCUUUCUGUUGGCUUUGGAGGCAUUUUGUCUUUAUCUAGCUAUAAUCCAAGAACUCAUAAUUGUUAUAGAGAUGCUUUUAUAAUUACAAUGGCCGAUGGUUUGAUACAUUUAAGACCCACUAUUAGAUACCCACAGAAUUACCACAAGUUAAGAUAA